AAUAAUAUAUAUAUAUAUUAUUUUUCUCGAUUUGGGCCUAUAAACCACUUAAAAGAUAGUAACAAAAUCCAAAAAUGGCGGCUCCGGCAGUGGAGGGAGUAGCCGUGACGGCCCUCCGAUCGGUCCUAUUCCGAGUCCGACAGGCAGCUGAACGGGCGGGUACUCAACCAGAACGGGUCCGGGUCGUGGCCGUUUCGAAGACUAAGCCCGUGUCACUCAUCCGCCAAAUUUAUGACGCCGGUCACCGCUGUUUCGGCGAAAAUUAUGUCCAAGAAUUUGUUCAAAAAGCCCCUCAGCUGCCUGAGGAUAUUGAGUGGCAUUUUAUUGGACAUUUACAGAGCAACAAAGUUAAAACCCUUCUCGGUGGAGUGCCAAAUCUAGCCUUUUUUGAGGGUGUUGAUAAUGAGAAGAUCGCAAACCAUCUUGACCGUGCAGUUUCGAGCCUUGGGAGAAACCCUUUGAAAAUUUUUGUACAAGUAAAUACAAGUGGAGAACCAUCAAAAUCUGGGAUAGAUCCAUCAGGUUGUGUUCGGCUUGCAGAACAUGUUAAAUCGCAUUGUCCGCAUUUGGAGUUUUCUGGUUUAAUGACGAUAGGGAUGCCAGACUACACAUCAACACCGGAGAACUUCAGGACACUAUCAAAGUGUAGAGUUGAGGUUUGUAAGGCACUCGGAAUGACAGAAGAUCAAUGCGAGCUAUCGAUGGGCAUGUCCGGUGACUUUGAACAAGCGAUUGAAAUGGGGAGUACAAAUGUGAGGAUUGGGUCCACCAUUUUUGGACCAAGGGACUAUUCAAAGAAGCAGCCAAAUUGAUGGCUAAAGAAUUUGUUGAAUAUAUAUUUAUAUCCAAUUCCAUUCUAUCAUUUAUUGACAAAAAUUACCACAUCCAUGUAACUUUUUACUUAUAUGAAGUGUAUUGUAUAGCCUUUGUAGUUAUUGGCUCACUUAUGAUGGGACUCACUUCAAUCACACUUAUGCCAAUGAGAAAAUUAUAAACAAAGUUAUCAAGUUUUUAUUCUUUUUAA